AUGAGCGAUUCCGAGAGUAUUCACAGUGACGUAAGUCUCGACGAGGAGGACGAGGAGUUGAUUUGGCGCGUCUUCUACAGCCCGCUAGAGGAGCCGGCCGCAGCCGAGGAAAAACCGGUGGAUUUUGACGAGGAUUUCUCGGAUUUUUCCGACGUGGAAGACCAGGAGUUGGUGGAAAAGUACCGCCGGCUCCGCGAGCAGGAAGAGGGCGAAAUCGAGCCCGACGACGACGAGAAAAAGCGCUUGCUCAUCACUUCGUUCUCCAACGACCAGAUGGAAAGGUUCGAGGCAUACCGGCGCAUGGCCGUCAACAAGCCGGGAGUCAAGAAAAUCUGCAACAGUGUGUUGGGUCAUCUGAUUCCACAAAACAUAGCGGUGGUGAUGGCCGGGCUCUCGAAACUGUUGUUGGGCGACGUGAUCACCAAGGCCUUCGAGGUGCAACAGAACGAGUUCAAAACCCAGCUCAUUCUCGAUAUGGAGGCCAAGAAAAAGCGAAAGCGUGAAACCUUGCAACGCUUGGCCAGGGGCGAGGACGUGCUGCUGAUGCCAGAAAAGAAUCUCGAGUAUUUGGGCGACCACAAGAUGCCGUUGACCCCGGAACAUAUUCACGAGGCCUGGCGGCUCUACCGCUUAGAAAACAGCGGUACGUUUGCGGCCAAGUGGCGCACCCAGGGCGAAGGCGAUGGCUUGAUGUUCCGGUGA